UGAAUAAAGCUUUUUCUGGUUUGGAACUACAUGGGGGUAAGUGAUUAAUGUUCCAGUUAGUUAUCCAGUUAUCCAGUUAGUUAUCCUCUUAGCCCCAUAGCACAACAGAUCCCAUGAGAUUGAGCCCAAUCGCAUACCAAAACCUGUACUAGAGCCCAUAUGACUCAGACAGAUUCAAGACCAUUUACACCCAUACAGCACAGCACCGUUAAAAUCCAUACAUAUUCCAGACCCCAUAAAACUCAUUACCAAACCAAUACCACAGCCUCCAAGAAUCAGACAGAAUCCGGAACCUCUUACAUCCAGACAUACAGACCCCCCCUUAGUUCCAAGCCAACUCCAGCCCCCCCUAAGACCCAUACCUAAACCAAUAUCAAGACUCUAACCAGUACUAUUGGGAAGUUGUGGCUUAGUGGUUAAAGAGUAUGACUCCUGACCCUAAGGUUGUGGGUUUGAGUCUCGGGCCGGCAAUAACACGACUUCGGUGCCCUUGAGCAAGGCACCGAACCCCAAACUGCUCACCGGGAGCCGCAGCAUAAACGGCAGCCCACUGCUCCGGGUGUGUGUCCAUGGUGUGUGUAUGUGUUCACAGCUGUGUGUGGGCACUUUGGAUGGGUUAAAUGCAGAGCACAAAUUCUGAGUAUGGGUCACCAUAUAUGGCUUUCACUUUCAUUUACUAGACCCCUCAAGGUCCAUAUAUAGACCAAUCCCAGACCAAUUAGAGACUCCUUAAGACCCAAAUCAAUUUAUGAUCUCUCAAGACCCUGAUAUAGACCAAAGUUUAAACUCUUCGGAGGCCCAGAAACAUAGACAACAGCCUAACCACAGCCUUGUCUACAACCCAACCCAAUACUGGUCUUGAGUCUUAAAAAUUCCCACCAGUAAAUGCUAGGAGUAAACCGUAAACUACCUUGCCUGAAAGGUUAAUCAAAGACCCUGGUCCAAACCAAGACACUAUUUUUAUACCAAUUCCAAGACAGUGUUUUUGUGAUUCUAUGUUUCAUAACCAAGACCCCAAGAGCAAGAUUCUGGCCAGAAAGUUGUCAGCUACUAAAGAUAGAUGGACAAAGACAUAUUCUUGGGUUAGAAAGUCUUUAAGUCUAACCCAUUAAUUUCACACAAGGCCAUAGUGACAGAGAUCCACAGAUUGACUUGUCUCUGUGUUUGUUGUUUGCUCAUCAAUCUGACUGUAAAAUGUUGUAAUUGACGCUCUUUGUAGGGGAACAGAAUAUUUUAAGGCAUCAAGAUCAAUACCAACAAAUUACCAGAGUACGAAAAAAUUACCAGAGUACCAAAGUAUAUGUCUGUCUUCAUCCCUGAGCGGUUCUGAACAAGAUUUCAGAGUUCUGAACUGCAUAGCUUAGUAACUAUAACGGACAUUCCAGGAACAUUGUAAAAGUAUUAUUUACUGGUUGCAAUAAUGUUGCACUGCAGUUUGGUUAGCACAGGCUUGUGCAGUACUCUUAUCUACAGUCCCCCGAUAGCUGUGGUUAAAUCCUGUCACAUGGAUCUCAUGGUUUAAACAUGGUUCACUAGUGUUAUUUUGUGGUGAGCAGUGGUGAUGUAAUGCUGAUGUAAUGUUGUCAGGCUGUUUUGUGUUUUUGACGCUUUCAGCACAUUCCAGGGAGGUAGAGGGUAAUUAGAUCCAAAUGAGGCCAUUAUGUAGAGAUUGAUUACAUCGUAAGUUACAUGUGCUGCUGGAUGUCUGAACAAGACUCAUACACACUGCUGCAGCAAGCCAUGAUAACACACUGUCCUUCAGCAAGACCGGGCACUGUGAAAUCGUCUGAUUCAGUGCAGGAUGCUGCAGUGAAGUUGGAACAGGAGCGAGCUGAGAUACUCGCCAAAUAUGACAAGGGUAAAGAAAGUGCGGAGGUGGCACCGUGGGAGGAGGCCAAUUUUGAUCUGUAUAAAGCGGUGGACCGCUUCGGAUUCCUGCAUGAGGAUGAGCUUCCGGUGUAUGAUGUAGUGGAGGAAAAGCAAAAACAUCUGGAAGUGGAGAGAACGACAAAAUGGCUGAAAAUGUUGAAGAGCUGGGAGAAAUACAAGAACAGUGACAAGCUGGCGAGGAGGAUCUAUAAGGGAGUUCCGCUGCAGCUCAGAGGUCAGGUUUGGUGUUUGCUGCUCGACGUCCCCAAAAUCAAAGAGGAGAAAAAGGACUUCUAUGAGAAACUGAAGAUCAGAGCCAGGGGACUGUCUCCAGAUGUCCGUCAGAUUGAUCUGGAUGUGAAUCGUACAUACAGAGAUCACAUCAUGUUCAUGCACCGCUAUGAUGUCAAACAGCAGGAUCUGUUUCAUGUACUCACAGCAUAUUCUGUAUAUAACACGGAGGUGGGCUAUUGUCAGGGCAUGAGUCAGAUCACUGCUCUGUUACUCAUCUAUAUGAAUGAGGAAGAUGCUUUCUGGGCACUGGUCAAACUGCUGUCUGGACAGAAACAUGCCAUGCAUGGUUUCUUUGUACCAGGGUUCCCUAAACUCAUGCGCUUCCAGGAGCAUCAUGACCGGAUCCUGCAGAAGAUGAUGCCUAAGCUCAAACAACAUCUAGAUAAUCAAGAGGUGUACACCAGCCUGUACACUAUGAAAUGGUUUUUUCAGUGUUUCUUGGAUCGGACUCCAUUCACACUUACAUUGAGAAUAUGGGACAUCUAUAUUCUGGAAGGAGAGCGAGUUCUAACUGCAAUGUCCUAUACCAUCCUCAAACUCCACAAAAAAACCCUCUUGAAAUUGUCCAUGGAGGAGCUGGUGAAGUUUCUGCAGGUGACUCUGUCAAAGGAUUUCUUUUUUGAGGAUGAUUUUGUGAUAGAGCAGCUUCAACACUCCAUGUCUGAACUCAGACGAUCUAAACUGGAGCUGCCACUUCCAGGUAAGGAGGAUGAGUUCCCUAAGAAACCAUUAGGUCAACUUCCUCCUGAGCCUCCAGGAUUUGCGAAUCAUGUGGCUAACGGGCAGUCGGUCAGGAAGACAGUUGAGGGACUUCCCCGUCGUGGUUCGAGCCCUGCCACAAGUGUCAGUAAACAAGCAGAGUCUGGUCCGGACACUGAUGGAACACCAGAGAGGGACCAAGAAAGUCGGCCACCCAGCUCCCUGGACAAGGUACCUCAUCCAGACAAGAGAGAGAGGAAUGGACGUGGUGUGGACACUCAAAAGGAACGGGUCCCAACCCAUAGCAGCGCAACAGCUGGUGGGAAGGCACUGUCCAAGAACCAGGCAAAUCACAACUCCAAUGCUAGAUCCAGUAUGCGCAGGGACAUUGGACCUCGUUGGGUCAAGCCUUCAGAGGACAAACUUGAAGCAGUCAAGAAUGCAGCACUUCGGGAAAGCCAGUCGAGUCUAACUAUGGGUGUUCCACCCUCGCCCAGCUCCCUAACUCCAGAGGAGGCCACCGCAUUUGUUCCAGCAUUUGUUCCAGGCUCAAACCGUGCCUCCAACGCCUCGCAAUACGACAAUGUCCCAGGACCAGACGGAGGGGUUAUGGCGAUUAUAGAGCUUGAGAAACCACCCUCUCGCCCCCCCUCCCGACCAUACGCCGGACCUUCUUUGAGACAGGGAAGUCCCACCCGCCCCCCUAGUGAUGGAACUGGCGUCUCUCCCUUUAGAAUGCCCAAACAGAGCAAACCAGAACCCCGUGCACCUUUGCACUACCCACCCGGCAUGAUUCCUGUAUACACUCCCUACAUUUCAGAUUCCCAGUCGGAGGAUAGACUAUAUGGCCAGCCAUACACUGAGCAACUUUAUGCAACUACGGGACGUGGCUCGUCUGACCCUUCACCAGAGAAAAUGCUGAUGAACAACAGCUACUUAACCUACCGACGGCCACCCCCAAACAUGCCCCCUCUCAGGAUUGCUCCUGUCGAGCUUUCGUCCCAGAAAGACAGUGUUGAAGAGGGUGGGUAUUACCUGCGACAACCCACCCGACUGAAGGGCUCUCCAGCUUACCCGCCCACAGAACUGCGUUAUGAGCCACACAGACGGAGAGAGGGCUGGUAUGGGGGCAUGGAGGCAGGGCCUCCACGAUCUCCUGUGGGACUACCUCGAUCUCCCAGCUUCCAGAAAGCUCAGCUCUCUCCCAUUCACCCCGUUCAGGAGUUUAACUUCGCCCCUGCAAAUAUCUCAGAUGCUGUGCUCCAUUUCAGAGGACCCUACCAAGAGCACUCUGGAAGACAACAGCUCCCCCCGCUGUUCGGAGGAACACACUACAGGCAGGCGCAGGAGGCCUUUGCAAUGCAGGAGUCCAUGCUGCUCUAAGAGGGACUGAGAUAGAGGGAUACACUGUAUGAGUGAUGGCUAGCAAGCAGUUUUGUGUUGGUUUAAUGUUUUUUUGCGUUCGUUUUUAUUUGUUCGUUUGUUUGUUCAUUUGUCUGGCAAGUCUUACCACACAAGAGUUGCCAUUUUCAGGCAUUUGUACUGAUGAAAGGCUGACUGAAGAAUUUACUGUUGCUUUUGUUUGUACAUUUCUGUCCAUAAUAUAACCAUUAACUGGCGAUGUGAGCAAUAUAACAAAGCUUAAUGUGCAAAGAGAGAUUUUUUUUUUCCUUUGGUUAGCACACUGAGAUAUUUAAAUAGAGGGUUAAUGAUCAAUCAUCAUCUAUUUUUUUAAUGCAUUUCAGACAUUAGCAUGUUUUAGAGGACACUUUAGUCCUUGAUUAUGAAUAUAUUUUAUAAGAACAAAGAUUUGUCUAGGUUAGAUAUGUAAAUUACGAACAACUAACAGUGAAUGUAAACACUGUUGGACAGAGCAUUUCAAUGCAUCACUACAGUGUUCAAGUGAAAGUAAAAACCUUGUUUGUAAGGUUUGUUUUUUGAGGUUAUAUAUAAAAUGCAGAUAUUUAAUCUUAAAUUGAAAGGGAAUAUUAAUAGGUAUUUGCGUUCUCAAAAUCUGUUGCACUUACCAGCAAGUAGAUCUAAUAUUUUCAUUUCACUGGGGUCAUUUUCAUUGACCAACUGAUAACAGAGCUUGAUGAAAAUAUUGAAAGCUUCCUUGGAUGCAGCAAGCAGAAUAUUACAACACUGUUUUACUGUCAUUAAGGGAAGUCUUUAACAAAGGGUGCAUUUAAGUAAACUGGGACCGUUAACGUGGCACAAUUUAUCCAGAUUCAUCUGAAGAAUGUAUGUCCGUGAUGCCUAGUGCAAGUUAUACAAGUAGUUACUGUAUCAAAAAUCUAUCCAAUAAUUCAAUAAUAUGGCUGGUAGUUUGUAGCAUGCAGUUGCUGUGUAAAGUUGGUUGUACCUGUGCUGUUACCCAGUGGAAUUCUUUAAGUGAUCAAUUUAUUAUCUUUUUUUAUUUUAUUUUAUUUGUUUUUACAACAGAUUAUCAAAUUUAAGUUUAAUCUCACUGAAGAUCUGUUGGUAAAAUCAGUUGGAACCUUUACCAGAAUUGUUUCCUCCAACCACAUGGAUAUUAGGUAGACCUGUGUUUAUCAUUUAUCAUUUUAUUUUAUUUAUUAUUCACUAAACAUCACUUGCCAUGGCCCUUGUCUUGUACUUUUUUGUUUUUUUUUUAUAUGGCCAACAAGACUUGAUUAUAUGGCAUGACAAUACUACCAACUCAUUCAUUCAUUUAUACACACCGAUAUGUUUGCUACUGAACAUGUACAGUAGUAGAUGAAUUAUUUCCUAAUACAACACACACUCCUUAUGUAUCCCUUUGUUAUCCUGUCUGCUAUUCAGAAUCCUAUCAAUUUAUUCCCAUGUCUUAUUCAUGGACAAGCAAGCUAAUUUAUUCACUGCUCUAGCACCGAAUUGUUUUCUUGAACCAGGCUUGUCAUUGCAGUAUAAUAAACUGGUUUAGAACACUUCAUGACAACGUUCCAUUUCAGAUUGUUGAAUUGAAUGUUUCUUUGGUAAAUUACUAAAUGCAACUUAAUUAUUAGCAUUCCCCUUCUCUAAUAAAACAGCAUGGGGUGAUAAAAAAAAA